AUGGAUGCACCGCCAGUCAAGCUCUCGGAGCUCCUCCGCCACCCGGAUGACCUCGAUAAGAUCCCCGCACUGAAGCUAGAAUUCACGCGCAAGAAAGCCGCCGUCGACUCUCAGCUGCGGGGUGGCCUACGCGAACAACUCGAGACGACCCAGGCUGGCAUGACAGGUCUCUCUGACGGGCAGAAAUCGGUGCAGGCCAUCAAGGACGAAAUGAUGAAGAUCGACCGGCUGUGCGCAGAGUCGCAGAACAUGAUCAAGGACUUUGCCAGCAUCAACCUCGUGUCGCAGGCGCACCGCAACUUUGUUGCCGUAGAGGCCAUGCGCAAGAAUCUUGAGCUGUUCAAUGAACGCGUUAAUGGAGUCGAGAACAUGUUAAGAGAAGACGAGGAGGACAAGGACAACAUGCCCAACCUGCUGCCUAUCCACUACGAGCUGACGCAGCUGCGAAAUAUUCGGGACGAUGCCAUCGAGCAGAUACAGAGAGCUGAUGAUCCGAGUCUGCAAUCUACAUUGGAGGAUUACUUCUCGAGGCUGGAUGACGCGAUUGAUUGGUUUGACGAGCAUGUUGGUCUUAUCGCCAUCAGUCUAAUUGACCUGCUCAUCGCGGACAACUCGGCAUUGAUCGUUCGACUAGCCAUAAUUGUGGAGGCGGAGGAAAAGAGUGAUCAACGGGUCGAAGCACUGCAGGAGGCGCUGAAGGACCACAAGGAGAUGGCGACGCGAUUCCAAGCCAUAACGGAAGGGGCCAAAAAGGUACGAGGAUACAAGGACAAGUUCCUCCAGGCCAUCAAAUUGAGCUGCGACAGGCAGUUCACAGAUAUCCGGGACGAGUUCCUGGGAGACCCGGAGAGUCUGUCAAAGUUGCUGAAAUGGUACUUCAAUGAUCUGAAUGCCGUGAAGCAAGCAAUGGUACCACUUAUGCCCCAAAAGUGGAAGAUCCUCAAAACAUAUGGCGGUAUCUACCAUCAACUAAUGCACGAUUUCCUGGUGGGCAUCAUUGAUGACCCAGAGGCCAGCUCAGCAAAUACACUAGCGAUUAUCAAUUGGCCAGAACAGUACUACAAGAAGAUGAAAAAGCUCGGAUUCCAAGAAUCUGAACUGACGCCUCAUAUAAUCGACAACAGAGAGGGAGAGCUGGUCAAGGGCUUCCGCGAGCUCAUCGUAAAAUUCCUCGAUGAAUGGAUCGAGCGUAUUUUCUCCCAGGAGCGAAGAGACUUUGCGAAUCGGAAUGUGGAAGGCGCGAACCUGGAUAGUGAUGAAUACGGCUAUCUACGGACGAAGAACAUGGUCGACAUGUGGCGCAUGUUGAGAGAGCAAGUCGACGCGGCGGGCAACUCGGCCAGAACCGAUGUCGCAGAGGGUGUGAUAGAUACUAUGUUCCUGCGAUUACGAAGUCGGCAGCAGUCCUUGCAGACCAUGCUCGAAGCCGAGGCAGAGAAGUACGAAAACAGCAAAGAACCAGAGUUCGAGGGCUUGAACACCCUUCAGGACUGGCUCGUUGCUACUACCAACGACGCUAUCGCCUGCAUUGAUGACAACGAGGGUGAGGAUCGAUUUGCCUACCUAACGAGUUUCAAGCAAAAGUUCGAGCCGUUGGUGACGCCCCCGUAUUUGGAGCGUGCCGAAAACGAAGUCGAGUUACUCAGAGACGGAUACGUCGACUUCAGCACGUGGUGCCUUGACAAAUUUGUCAAUCUCGUAUUCACGGUCGACUUUAGAGCGGCGAUGCCCAUCUUCUUCACCACCAAGUGGUAUGAGACGGCCACGAUGAAGCAACUUGUCAUCACAUUCGAGGAGUACGUCGGUGAGUACAAGCUGCUUCUGCAUCAUUCCUUGGUGGACCUCUUUACGGAGAUCUUCGGAAAUGAGCUGCUGGUACGCUACCUCAUGAGUGUGCGCAAUAAGGGCGCCAAGUUCCGCCGUACCGACCCGUUCCAAGACAAGGUCUUCAACGACAUCUCGACUGCCUUUGAAUUCUUCCGCAGUCUACCCAACCCGGAAUCCAGCGCCACCAUCAUUCAGACGUGGCGCGUGACGGAGCGGUUCAUGCAGCUACUCACGUCGGAGAAGGACGCCAUCCCGGACGUCUUCCAGGACUUCAAGAGCGCGUAUUGGGAUUUGCAGAUUAGUUGGGUCGAGGCUGUGCUGAGAUCGCGGGAUGACUUUGAGAGGAGUAUGUUGAAUGCAGUCAAAGCCAGGGCGGCACAGAUGGAUGUUGUUAGGGACCGGAAACAAUUAUGA